CCACUUGUCAGUGUCCAUCAGUGCCAGGUCUCAGUGCUCAUCCAUGCCACCUGCCAGUGCCCCAUCAGUGCCACAUUUCAGUGCCCAUCAGUGCCACAUUUCAGUGCCCAUCUGAGCUGCCUUUCAGUGUCACCCAUCAGUGCCAGUCAGUGCCACCUACCAAUGCCAGUCUGUGCGACCUAUCAGUGCUGCCAAUCAGUGCCACCUAUCAGUGUCCAUCAGUGCAUUCUAUCAAUGCCCAUCAUUGCAGCCUCAUUAGCGCACAUCAGUGAAGGAGAAAAAUCACUUAUUUACUAAAUUUUAUAA